AUGGCGGAAAAAGUUGAAAGUGUUUCGGAAAAUCCCGCGGAAAAAGUGGAAAAUGAAACAGAAGAAGAGGAUCCCAGCGUUCAUACUUUGGCUCCAAUAACAAUAUUAGCCAAUUACGAAAAGCCUAAAAAUGGCGGAACAAAAACGGAAAUGGAUGAUUUCGUACGAGCAAAGUUUAAAAGUCAACAACACGGAGAAUUUUCAUCCGUUAUAACGAACGGAUCUACGACUCCAUUGGUUAGAGAAAAUGUCGUCGAUGAAGAAUCCGGUUAUAAUCCGUUCGUUCACAGGAAGUUGGAUCAUCCAAUGUCAAACAUUGACACGCUCAUACACCUUUUAAAAGGUUCUUUAGGCUCUGGUAUAUUAGCCAUGCCUUUAGCUUUUGCAAAUGCCGGACUUUUCUUUGGAGUUUUUGCCACGAUAUUAGUCGGAGCCAUUUGUACCUAUUGCGUACACAUGUUGGUCACGUGUGCUCACACGUUGUACAGACGUAUGAAAGUACCGACAUUGGAUUAUUCGGGAGUUGCCGAAGCAUCCUUUCUCCUGGGUCCUCAACCCGUGCGGAAGUAUCGACGGUUAGCAAAAGCUUGCAUAGAUACAUUUCUCUUCAUAGAUUUGUACGGAUGUUGUUGCGUUUAUGUCGUUUUCGUUGCAAGGAAUCUUAAACAGGUUGUGGAUCAUCAUUUGGAAAUCGAUUACGAUGUACGUUUAUACAUGGCCAUGCUUCUUAUACCAUUGAUACUAACGAAUUUGAUACACAAUCUCAAAUGGUUGGCACCAUUUUCAAUGAUAGCCAACAUAUUAAUGGCGGUCGGAAUCGGUAUCAGUUUCUACUACGUAUUUAACGAUUUACCACACGUCACGGAAAGAAAAUAUUUUUCGAGUUUUCAACAAUUGCCAUUGUUUUUUGGUACCGCCAUAUUUGCUCUUGAAGGAAUCGGUGUGGUAAUGCCACUGGAAAACAACAUGAAAACACCGCAAAAAUUCAUAGGAUGUCCAGGAGUAUUAAAUAUUGGUAUGACUGUCGUCGUUAUAUUAUAUACGGCCGUUGGAUUUUUCGGUUAUUUAAAAUUUGGAGAAGAUACUCAAGCUUCAAUAACGUUAAACUUGCCCAAAGAUGAAUUGUUGGCACAAUCCGUUAAAGUAAUGAUAGCAGUCACCAUUUUCUUAACGUACAGUUUACAAUUUUACGUUCCCAUGGGAAUAAUUUGGAAAGGUUGUAAACAUUGGUUUCCAAAAAAUGAAGUUCCAGCCGAAUAUUGCAUCAGAAUAUUUUUAGUUAUUUUAUCGGUUGGCAUUGCUGCAGCCGUACCAAAUCUCGGACCUUUUAUAUCUCUCGUCGGUGCCAUGUGCCUUUCAACACUAGGAUUGAUAUUUCCAGCGGUUAUUGAAUUGGUUACGUUUUGGGAAAAACCCGGAAUGGGAAAAUUCUACUGGAGAAUAUGGAAAAAUAUUUUUCUCAUGCUUUUUGGAAUUUUGGGUUUUGCAACUGGUACAAUAUCAAGUUUACAAGAAAUUAUGGAAACAUUUAACAGCGAAUGA